UAAUGUUAUGGCGUUAUUACUCUAUAGUUUUAUCAUGAAAACAACAAAUUAUACUAUAUAGAAUUUUAUGUUCUUUCUAUAUCCAAGUGCAAUAAAUAUUUUAAUAAAUUAAUUUGUGGACAAGUAGAAAUCUAAUCCAUAAGAAACCACUUUAGGUGCAAGGUAACACAGAAACUCCAAGUUGAACAUGUCAGAUUGUUGAGACUCAGAGUCAUGAAUAUGAAGUUCUAAAACUUUUGUUAAACUUUAUGAACCGUAGUUGUUCAAGCAUGCAUAACACCCACACACUACUGCCAUAUUGAACACAUUGCGAAUUUCACAAUAACAAGGAAGUACUGCCAGUGUGUAGCUAGUUACAUUGUAGUAGGGAGAUACCAAACGAGAAUGAAGAAAUAUAUUCAUUGCAGCAUCAUUGCAUUAAUCUUGGUGGUUGUUGGUUGUAAAGGUAGAUAUCAAAAAUGUUGGUAUAUUGUGACAUUAUCCAAUUAAGUUAACUGUCAAAUAUUUCUUAGGGGUUAUCAUUAGCCUACCAGCAUAUGGUGACACUGCAACAAGAGCAUUUGGUAUAAGCAACCUUAAGAUAUCAACAACAAUAUCAACAACUGGUGUUUCUAGCUGUGGAUGGAGAUAUGGGGGAGAGUUUGAUGUUAAUGCAUUUUAUUCUCGGUUUGGAUGCAGCAACGACACUGGUGUAAAUGAAACAAUCACUUGUGUUAACAAUGCUACUGCAAUGACAUCACAACUAGCAUUGUUACAACCACAAUACAAGGAUUUGAAUAUAAACAUGCAGUGUUCUCCAUCACCAAGUUAUUCAGUAAAUAUUGUUCUUAAAGCAUGUUCAACUGGUAUUAUAUCUCCUGGUGUGAUCCUGUCUAAGCAAAGCACAUCACCAUGUGGAUAUGGAUGUACAGCAAGAUUUAGUUGUGCUGCUGGAUAUACUGGAAACACAGUGGAUGCAACUUGUAAUGAGCAAGCUACUUGGAGUCCUGCACCUAACUGUUCACUUGUUCAGCCGCAUUUGACCAUCAGCCUUCCAACAACUGGUAACACUGCAACCAAAGCACUUGGUAUAAGCAACUUAAAAAUUAUAACAACAAUAUCUGUAACCACAAACAAAGAUUGUGUGUGGAAGAAUGGAAACAAAGUUCUCUUAGGUCAGUUUUAUUCUGAAGCAUUUGGGUGUUACAACUUCACUAGUGUAAAUGAAUCAAUCACUUGUGUUAACAAUGCUGGUACAGUGACAUCACAACUAACAUUGUUACAACCACAAUACAAGGAUUUGAAUAUAAACAUGCAAUGUUCCCCAUCACCAAGUUAUUCAGUCAAUAUUGUUCUUAAAGCUUGUUCAUCUCCGACAACCAGCAAUGUUCAAGUCAACCCAUCAAGUGGUGUCUACAACACUCAAGCUGACUUUCAGUGUUCCCAUGGUUCAACUUUAUUUUAUGUAAAUGGAACAACUGGAAACACUGCAACCAAAUGCCUUGCUACAGCAGAGUGGGAGAAUGAAAAAAUAGUUCAAUGUUGGGCAGGAAAAGCAGCUCAAUUGAGACAAGUGAAGUUCAAGGUGCAAGAACAACAGAAUACAAUAUAUGAAAAUACGUCUUCAAAACAACAAUACAUGGAUUUUAACACCGGAAAAGAAAUGUCAUUUAAUCUUGGAAGUGGACCCAUGGAAGAAACAUAUACUUCAAUGAGUGGGAUUGAAGAUAAAAAUAAAUAUGAAAUAUGAACCUGAUUUUUUAUGUUUGUUUCAUUGUAUACAUUUUUUCAGAAAUUUUAAGGACUAUUGUUUAAA